AUGGAGGAUCAGAGGUUGACACAGCUACAUCCUGGGCCGUUAGACCAUAGCGUACUGACAAGACAAAACCAUCACAGGUCGAAGGACGUAUGGAAUGGUGAGGUGGAAAAGCCUAUUUUAUGUAGACGAUCAGAUGGUAAUUUUUGGAAUUUGGUUCAUGAUCGUCCCAUUCAUCGACGUGUCCUGCAAAUAUUAAUUGAUGCAGGAUUUUACGGGGUCUAUCGAGUAGGACGUAUACAAUUAGACCAUGCUUUUAUUACUUCUCUUGUUGAGAGAUGGCGUCCGGAGACGCAUACUUUUCACCUAAGAGUUGGGGAAGCCACUAUUACGCUACAGGAUGUAGCUAUUUUGUAUGGAUUGCCAGUAGAGGGAAGGCUAGUAUUGGGCAUUGAUAGUACAAGAAAGACCGAAGAGUGGCAGGAUAUGUGUGACGCGUUGCUUGGUUUUAGACCACAUAGUGAUUGUUUAUUUGGUAGUAGGCUUGAGAUUAGUGCACUAGCUACAUACAUGGAGCAACUGCCUUUGCUAGAUGAUGAUGCAGAUGAG